UAAUUUUGGUUCAGAUUUUUGUUUUUUCUUUUUCUUCUUCACACUUUGACGUCGUUGGCAACCGUUGCUGCCGCCGCCGCUGCCGCUGCUGUUGUUGUCAGUGUUAUGUAAAAAUAUAUGAGAGCCAAAUGUGCACACAGCAUCCUUGAAAGUUGAGACGUUUAGCAAACCAGCUUCUGCAGUGUUUAACAAGUCACGCGAUCUUUGCGCUUUAAAUUGUUGACAUUAACAACGCCGGCAGAGGCAGCAGCUACGGUCGCAGCAGCGCAGCCCACACAUUGAUUGGCUUGCCAUCAAAAAACUCGCGCCAUUGCUUGUGUUCGUGUGUGUGUGUGUGUGUUGUGCUUGGUUGAACCAUGCCUGCGCCCCAGGUAGUCGCAGCCGCUGCCGCUGCCAUAACCACGGCAAGUGUGCCCAGCACCGAUGCCAGCGCCAACGCAGCAGCCGCAGCGACCAAUGCAGCAGCGGCCAACAGCAGCAGCAGCAGCAGCAGCGCUGUGAAUAGCGGACGCCAUCAGCUGCGACCAGUUAAAUAUGAUUAUGCGGAUUCAUUUGCCUGCACCUAUAUCGUUUCGGUUGUGGCCGCCUCCAUAGCGGAGCUGGUCACAUACCCGCUGGAUCUCACAAAGACCCGUUUGCAAAUCCAAGGCGAGGCGGCCAGUGUGGCCACAAUUGCCAGCAGCAGCAGCAGCAGCGCCAAGGCAAAUAUGCAAUAUCGCGGCAUGGUCGCCACCGCCUUUGGCAUUGUACGCGAGGAGGGCGCCAUCAAAUUGUGGCAGGGCGUGACGCCGGCGCUCUACAGACACGUCGUCUAUAGCGGCGUGCGCAUCUGUAGCUAUGAUCUGAUGCGCAAGGAGUUCACCAAGAACGGCAGCCAGGCGCUGCCCGUAUGGAAAUCGGCGCUGUGCGGUGUCACCGCCGGUGCCGUUGCCCAAUGGCUGGCCUCGCCCGCGGAUCUGGUCAAGGUGCAAAUACAAAUGGAGGGACGGCGGCGUCUGAUGGGCGAGGCGCCGCGUGUGCACAGUGCGGCGCACGCAUUCCGCAUGAUUGUGCAGCGCGGCGGCGUCAAGGGCCUCUGGAAGGGCAGCAUACCGAAUGUGCAGCGUGCGGCGCUGGUCAAUUUGGGUGACCUAACCACAUAUGAUACCAUCAAGCAUCUGAUUAUGCGUCGCCUGCAAAUGCCCGAUUGCCACACGGUGCAUGUCCUGGCGUCCAUAUGCGCUGGAUUCGUGGCGGCCAUCAUGGGCACACCGGCGGAUGUGGUCAAGACGCGCAUCAUGAAUCAGCCCACCGACAAGCUGGGCCGAGGUUUGCUCUAUCGCGGCUCCUUGGAUUGCUUGCGCCAGACUGUGGCCAAGGAGGGUUUCGUUGCGCUCUACAAGGGCUUUCUGCCCUGCUGGAUACGCAUGGCGCCCUGGUCGCUCACCUUUUGGCUAUCGUUUGAACAAAUACGCAAAAUGAUUGGCGCCUCCAGUUACUGAGUCCUUUGGUCCUUAGAGUCACACCCUAAGAGUUUGGGAAUGAAUGAGAAUCAAAAAGAAUAUGCAAUCGAUAUUUAAAAAUCAACAAAACUAUGUUAAUUCUACAUUAUUUUGUGUUUGUUGCUUUCUGCGGCAAGGUAAACAAGUGCUAUUAUAAUGGUACAAAUACUCUCAAGACUGUUUUUAUCUAUGCUUAAAUCUGAUUCUUAUGGAACAUCUAAAACUUUCACUUGAUUAUCCUUCGUCCCAUUUACAACUUAUAGAGUCUGGCUGCACAGAAGAUUUAUAAUAGUCGAAACCUAUACAAAAUUCGAAAAAUCAAAAUAGAACUGCUAAUCAUGUUGAAAAUUAUAAUCAAUAGUCUGUAAGAAAUCAAUAUGCAACUCUAGACGAAUAUAUAUUUCCAUGUUUU